AGCGCGGUCCUCCCGGCCGGCUCCGGGCCGCUCUAGCCGCCCUUCUCGCCUGCUCUGCGGGAGGCGGGCGCGCCAGCGGGGGUCCCUCCAAGAUGGCGGCGCAGAGGAGGAGUCUGCUGCAGAGUGAGCAGCAGCCGAGCUGGACGGAUGACCUGCCGCUCUGCCACCUCUCUGGGGUUGGCUCAGCCUCCAACCGCAGCUAUUCUGCUGAUGGCAAGGGCACCGAGAGCCACCCACCGGAGGACAACUGGCUCAAGUUCAGGAGUGAGAACAACUGCUUCCUGUACGGGGUCUUCAACGGCUACGAUGGCAACCGGGUGACCAACUUCGUGGCCCAGCGGCUGUCCGCGGAGCUCCUGCUGGGCCAGCUCAGCGCCGAGCACACUGAGGCCGACGUGCGGCGGGUGCUGCUGCAGGCCUUCGACGUGGUGGAGAGGAGCUUCCUGGAGUCCAUUGAUGAUGCCUUGGCCGAGAAAGCGAGCCUCCAGUCCCAGCUGCCUGAGGGUGUUCCUCAGCACCAGCUGCCUCCCCAGUAUCAGAAGAUCCUUGAAAGACUCAAGACGUUGGAGCGGGAGGUUUCGGGAGGAGCCAUGGCCGUCGUGGCAGUCCUUCUCAGCAACAGGCUCUACGUGGCCAAUGUCGGUACGAACCGGGCGCUUUUAUGCAAAUCCACGGUGGAUGGUCUGCAGGUGACGCAGCUGAACAUGGACCACACCACCGAGAACGAGGAUGAGCUCUUCCGGCUCUCGCAGCUGGGUUUGGACGCAGGGAAGCUCAAGCAGGUGGGGGUCAUCUGUGGGCAGGAGAGCACCAGGCGGAUUGGGGAUUACAAGGUCAAGUACGGCUACACUGACAUCGACCUACUCAGCGCUGCCAAGUCCAAGCCGAUCAUCGCAGAGCCGGAAAUCCACGGUGCACAGCCCCUGGACGGGGUGACCGGCUUCCUGGUGCUGAUGUCCGAGGGGCUAUACAAGGCCCUGGAGGCAGCCCACGGGCCUGGGCAGGCCAACCAGGAGAUCGCAGCCAUGAUCGACACAGAGUUUGCCAAGCAGACCUCCCUGGAUGCCGUGGCCCAGGCCGUGGUGGACCGGGUGAAGCGGAUCCACAGUGACACCUUCGCCAGCGGCGGGGAGCGUGCCAAGUUCUGCCCACGGCACGAGGACAUGACCCUGCUGGUGCGGAACUUCGGCUACCCUCUGGGCGAGCUGAGCCAGCCCACGCCGGCCCCAGCCCCAGCCGCAGGAGGACGCGUGUACCCCGUGUCCGUGCCGUACUCGAGCACCCAGAGCACCAGCAAGACCAGCGUGACCCUGUCCCUCGUCAUGCCCUCCCAGGGCCAGCUGGUCAACGGGGCCCACAGUGCUUCCACCCUGGACGAAGCCACGCCCACCCUCACCAAAGCCCGACCCUGACCCUGCAGUCCACCAACACCCACACCCAGAGCAGCAGCUCCAGCUCCGACGGGGGCCUCUUUCGCUCCCGGCCCACCCACUCGCUCCCGCCCGGCGAGGAUGGCCGCGUGGAGCCCUACGUGGACUUCGCGGAGUUCUACCGCCUGUGGAGCGUGGACCACGGCGAGCAGAGUGUGGCGACGGCGCCGUAGCCCGGCCGGGGCGCGCGGCCCACGCAGGACCUCGCCGGGGGGACGGGCCCACCUCUGGGCUGGACGGGCCCUUUCCGGCCCUUUGCCUGUGCUCGGGGGCUGGCGGCCGCCCGGUCCUCGUAGCUCUCAGCCCCCAGCCUUCCAAGCCGUGGAGAAUAUUCUCUGAACACGCCAGCGCAGGCCGACCCCUUGCCAGUGCGGCUGUGCGGAGGCUGGAAGCACUCCCCUGGGUGACCUCAGCCUGGACCAGCACCGUUUCUCAGAACGGGCACCGGUGCAGCUGCCCACGAACCCACCGAGUGAGCCGAACGUGAGGAGGUUCUCCUGUGACCCUGCAUGCCACAGGCCCAGAGCCACUGCUUCCUCAGGGCCACCCCUGUCCUGCCACCACCUCCCCUGGAAGAGCUUGUGGCCACUGCUAGCGCCCCCCUCACCGCUGGGCAGUGGUUCUCUCCUUUCUUCUCCGGCCUCCAGAGCGGAUCCCCAGUUGGUGUGUACACCUUCGGUGCUUGCCUGGACUCACGGGGCCUGGAAUGGCUGCAGAGGGGCCAGGUCACAUGGAAAGGAACUGGAGGGGACUGGCCCAAGGGGAGCCCUGGUCCUAGAGCCCCAGAGGGGGCAGGCAGGCCGGUGCAGGGCCAGCUUCCAAGGGGAGCCGCGGCCAGGGCAGAGGACAGGCAGAUCUCAGCACAGGGCCCUUCCGCCCCCUCCACUACGAAGCCAUCUCCAUUGUAUGGGUGAGAGGCUUUAAAAUCAGUCACAAAGGCUUGGGGACAAAGGGGGUUCUUUUCCAAGGAAGUCUGUGAUACUGUUUGGUCUCUAGAAAUAGAAUCACUUUUUUACCACAGCAGUAAAGAAAUAAUAAAUGGCGGUAUUAUCCGUCAUGGCGUUAA